UAUGCAGUCUCGCCGACCAAGGUUUGAACGAGCUAACAGCAGGGGUCAGGAGGCAAGCAAAUGAUAGUGUUAUCCGCAUCUGUGUCAUUUAAAACAUAUGUUGUAAGAAGGCUAGUUCACACCAACAAAUUUACUGAAAGAACAUCCACGUCGAACAAUGACUACCUACGAAAUCAAAGUCAAGACUGGGGACCGACUGGGAGCCGGGACUGAUGCCAAUGUGGAAAUAGUUCUACUUGAUGGCUCUGGAAGACAAACUAAACCUGCCUUUCUAGACAACUGGUUCAGGAACGAUUUUGAGGCCAGACAGUUAGAUGUUUUCACUAUUAAAGAUGACACAGAUAUUCCUGAUGUUACAGAAAUCAAGAUACGAAGAGAUCAGGCCGGGAUGUUCAGCGAUUGGUAUGUUGAAAAGAUAGAAGUGCUGAACAAGAGGAGUGGAACUGCCUCGGUUUUUCCAAUUCUUCGUUGGAUUCGUCCUGAUGUGGACUUGUACGUUGGAAAAUAUGAUACGCUUCUUCCCCAGUUUGACCCUAGAAGAGAUCAGAGAAAUGCUGAGCUUGAGCUGAAGAAAACGCUCUAUGAAUAUGAGGAAAAGGUUCCUGGCCUACCGGUUCAGGUUAAAAAGGUUCCUGAGGAUGAGGAGUUUUCAAUAUCUGCAAAGUGGGAUCUUCUUCAAAGAAAACUCAGCCUUCUCUCGGGAAAAAGCGUGGAAAUGAUUUUUGGAAGUGGCUCAUGGGAAACUUUAGAGGACUUGACUGGUGUCUAUUCAAAAACAUUCGGAGAUCCAAAGGAAAUGGAGAACUGGAAAAGUGAUGAGCAUUUUGGAUGGCAGCGUUUGAACAGUGUCAAUCCAAACCUCAUUCGUCUUUGCACAGAAAUACCAUCCAAGUUCGGGGUGACAGAGGAAUCUAUUAAAGAAAAUCUCGAAGGACUGACAUUGUCGGAAGCCAUGUCCAAGAAGCGAUUGUUUAUCGUUGAUCUUGAAAUACUUGAUGGAAUAACUUGUGUUGAUGGUUACAUUUCCCCAGUUCCGAUAGCCCUGUUCUUUGUUAACGGUGCUGGGAAACUCAUGCCUGUAGCCAUCCAACUUUUUCAACAGAAGGGACCAGAAAACCCUGUUUUUGUACCGACUGAUCCACUGUAUACCUGGCUUUUUGCCAAAAUGUGGUACAAUGUUGCGGAUUCAAAUUAUCACCAAGCCUUAACGCACUUAGGUUUCACACAUUUAUUAAUGGAAGGGAUAUGUAUAACAACAAAUAGAUGUCUCUCGCCAUCACAUCCAAUGUUCAAAUUGUUGGCGCCCCAUUUUCUUUCCAUUAUCGCCAUUAACGAUCGUGCUCUGAAGUUUUUGGUCGCACCAGGUGGAUGGAUUGAUAAAACAAUGGCGAUUGGGGCUGUCGGCAUUUUGGAGCUUACUAAGAAAGGUGCUGACUCCUGGAGGAUGAACAUCGAGGGAAACUACCCAGAGUUUCUAAAAAGCAGAGGAGUGUAUUGCAGUGAUGGGUCAAUUUUGCCGACCUUCUAUCAGCGGGAUGACUCCAUGGUGUUAUAUGGAGCAAUUCGUGACUACGUGACUAAAUAUGUCAACUUGUAUUAUGACACAAAUGACAAGAUCAUUAAUGAUGUGGAAAUUCAGACGUUUGGACAAGAACUGACCAAGUCAAAGUCAGAUGGAGGGUGUGGAAUUCCGGGCGUCCCUUUUGAAAACGGAAAGUUCAGCAAAGCGGAUCAGCUGAUAGAGGUCUUCACAUCCGUGAUAUUCUCUAGCAGCGUUGUACAUGCUGCUGCAAACUUUCCUCAGUAUGAUGCUUACGGAUUUCCCCCCAACUAUCCUCCAAAAAUUAAAGGAGUUCCGCCGAAAAAUAAAAACCCACUGAAAGAGGAAGACAUCGUAAAAAGCUUGAUCGAUAAGUCUACAACACUGGACACAAUGGUCAUCACUCGAAUCCUCAGUGAAAGGAGUACCAACGCUCUAGGAGACUUUGAAGUCACCUACACCUAUGAUCCCGCUGCAGUCAAAAUUGUAGAGGAAUUUAGACAAAACUUAAAGGACAUCAGUUUGAAAAUGCAUCAAAGAAAUGAAAAAUUGGUGCAAAAAUAUGAAUAUCUCUAUCCGGAAGAAAUUCCAAAUUCAAUCAGUAUUUAACCUACAAUUGAGAACCCGGAGGUGAUCCACAAAACUGAAAACGAAAUCAUAUGGAACAUGAUACGAAUGAAGUUCACAUUCUUUAUUGCAUGUAUUAAAAACAAAAAUAAUAUCUUAUCUGUUGGAGACUUUUUUUUUUAAAUUUCUUUUUCUUUUGAGAUUUGGUAAUGGGAAUUUUAAUAUAUAUGAAAUUCAAUUCAUGUUAUGGUACAUGUAUGGUAUUAUGAUAUUUUUGUUAUAUUUAAUUUUAUGAUAUUCAUGUUUGAGCAUAGUUUAAUUUGUUAUCAAACGCUUAUACUGAGCUUUAUAUUUAAUAUGCUUGUGCAAGUUAUUGUAUGAUAAUAUCAAUAGCAUAUACUUACAAUUUGAAUGUACAUGUGUUAAUAAAGCAGAAAAUUUUAAAAAAAAAAAGAAUAUGAGAAAAAAAAUCUUCGUUCAUAUUUUUCAAAACCACCUUAUAAAAAUGUUGUACUUUUAAAAGUUAUUUCAGUGAAAACCCACUUAAAGUACUUGAUUUCUAUAGAGCUGUUGUAUAACAAUAUUUUGUGUAACAUUAACUGGACUUCUAGGUCUCAAAAUAUAAACAUUAUUUUGUUAAUUUUAAGGCUCGUGUCCUGUUUUUGUUUACAUAGUUUUAAUAUACCAGGACAAAAAAAAUUGAA